GUACACAAACAAAGACUACAUGUCUGGACUGAAUAAUAUUCAAAGUCAGGCCCUAGAAGAGGAGUACGAAACAAAUGUCAUAGAAAAACUUAAGGAAGAUUUUAAGAAUAACCAAUCUCUAAUGGAAAAGUUAUCUUCUGUGGAAAAGGAUUUGCAGGAAUUGAAAACAAAGUCCGGAAACAAAGAAAACACAUUGGUAAAAGAAAUUCUCGACAACUGGCGAGAAGAUGACAUUGCCUUCAUUCCUACAAGAGCAAGUGAAGUGGUUGAAGAAAAGCUUAAAAGUCAUAACCUUAUCACAGUGGUUGGAAAUUCUGGGUCCGGGAAAUCUGCAAUAAUUCAGCAUAUUGCACUCAAGUAUAAUACGCAGGGGUGGAAUGUCAUACCGGUGGAUAAGGUUGAAGAAAUUAAAAGCAUUUGUUCAACCAGAGUAUCAGAAAAUAGGAUAUUAUUUGUAUUCAAUGAUCCUUUAGGUAAGGAGUCGUUAGAUGAAAUGUUAUAUCAUUUAUGGAAAAGUUUAGAGAAAACGCUGGAGAUUUGUUUGACAAAAAAUAAACUACUGAUAUCAUGUAGAAGAUGUAUAUUCUAUGACAAGAAAAUCAAAGGUAAUUUACUGGAUGCAUCCACUGCAGUAGAAAUUGACAACGACAAAAAUGGACUGACGGUUGAAGAGAAAAGAACGAUUUUUAAUCAGUAUUCAGAGAAUGUGCAUUUACCUGAAAAGGUUGUUACUGAAAUAAUCAAAACGGAAGCUUACUUCCCAUUGCUUUGUAAACUUUUUUCAAAGGAGACAAACUACAAAGAAAAAGAAGUUGAUUUCUUUAGAAAUCCGUACAAAUGUAUUAGAAAGGAAAUUGAAAUUUGGAAAAAAACAGACAAGAAGAGAUUUUGCUCACUCAUCUUGAUAGUAGCUUUCAAAAACAAUUUAAAAAUUGAUGAUAUUGUAAAAAAUGAAAUUUCUUUAAUGAAAUUUAAGGACAUUUUAGGAAUGUGUGAGAUACAGGAAAACACACACAUUUCAGUCAUUCGUAGUACUCUACACGAAUUGAAAGGAUCUUAUGUCAAACGUGUCGGAAAUGCUUUCCAAUUCCUUCACGACUUUAUUAUGGAGAUAACGACUCUGGUGUUUGGUGUUGAUUGUCCACAAGAGACAAUACAGUACGCAGACAGUGGUUUUCUGAGACGUCGAGUAAAGAUAGACGACGAUACAGAAGAGGAAGAUCGCGAUCCCUUCACUGUUUACCUUCCUGAAGAAUACAUUGAUGAUCUUGUGGACAGGUUUAUCAUUGACAUGCAAUCAAAACACCUUGUAAAUGUUCUACUCAAUCCAUGUUUAAGAAAGGAUAGUGUCAUUAAAGCUUUUAAGGAUAAAGUGGAUACGAUUGAAAAGCUUCUCGUUAAAAUUAAAUGUGAAAUAGACAUUUCAGAAUUUCCAAAAUUAUUUGAAAGCGAUCGUUUUUCUAGACUUACUUUCUUUACUGCAGAAGAUGAAAUGUGUCCUUUGGUCGGACUUAUUGUAUUUUGUCAUUCUGACAUUUCUUCAUUUUUUAUAAAAAGUAUCCCUGAAACAAAGUUAAAGGAAUAUCCUGCAUUCUCUGUUAUGUGUGCUAAUGGCGAUUUAAACCUAUUAAACUCCCUCAGUGAGGAAUAUAAAACAUCAGCAAUGUUGGAUAUAUGGUAUGACUUUUCACCAAUUCAUGUUGCUUCUGUAUUUCAUAAUUUUUUAAUAGUUGAAGAAUUAGUCAAACUCGGUGCUGACGUAAACACAUUAGCAACAAAUGAUAACUGUGUUCCUCCGUUAGCAUUAGCCGCUGCAAAUGAUGAAGAACAUUUAAAAGAGGCUGGAAGAAAGGAUAUAAAGACUGGGGAACGACGUAAUGCAACCAUCAAUUGCUUAAUUAAAUACGGGGCUGCUAUUAAUUUAUCUGAUAAUGAAGGAAUCAGUCCUCUUUUGGCAGCAUGUUACAAAGGACAUGAAAGCACGGUACAACUGUUACUGGACAAUGAUGCCGACAUUAAUUUAUGUUCUAAUGGUGGAGAAAGCCCUCUUUAUAUAGCUUGUGAAGAAGGACAUGAUAGCACGGCAAAACUAUUACUGAACAACGAUGCCGACUCCAAUUUAUGUGAUAAUGAUGGAGACAGUCCUCUAUCUGUAGCUUGUCAAAAUGGACAUGAUAGCACGGUACAACUGUUACUGAACAACGGUGCCGACAUCAAUUUGUGUGAUAUUGAUGGAUUUAGCCCUCUUUUUAUAGCUUGUCAAAAUGGACUUGAUAGCACGGUAGAACUCUUACUGAACAACGGUGCUGACAUCAAUUUAUGUAAAAAGAAUGGAGUCAGUCCUCUUUAUAUAGCUUGUCAAAAUGGACAUGAUAGCACGGUACAACUGUUACUGAACAACGGUGCUGACAUCAAUUUAUGCAAUAAGGAUGGAGUCAGUCCUCUUUAUUUAGCUUGUCAAAAUGGACAUAACAGCACGGUACAACUGUUACUGAACAACGGUGCCGACAUCAAUUUAUGUCAAAAGAAUGGAGUCAGUCCUCUUCAUAUAGCCUCUUAUAAAGGAUAUGAUAGCACGGUACAUCUGUUAGUGAAGAACGGUGCCGACAUCAAUUUACGUAAUAAGAAUGGAUCAAGUCCUCUUUUUAUAGCUUGUCAAAAUGGUUAUGAUAGCACGGUACAACUGUUACUGAACAAUGAUGCCGACAUCAAUUUAUGUAAUAAUAAUAGAGCCAGUCCUCUUUAUAAAGCAUGUCAAAAUGGACAUGAUAGCACGGUACAACUGUUACUGAACAACGGUGCCGACAUCAAUUUAUGUCAAAAGAAUGGAGUCAGUCCUCUUUAUUUAGCUUGUCAAAAUGGUCAUGAUAGCACGAUACAACUGUUACUAAACAAUGGUGCUGACAUCAAUUUAUGUGAUAAUGAUGGAGACAGUCCUCUUUGGAUAGCUUGUCAAAAUGGACAUGAUAGCACGGUACAACUGUUACAGAACAACGGUGCCGACAUCAAUUUAUGUGAUAAUGAUGGAGACAGUCCUCUUUGGAUAGCUUGUCAAAAUGGUCAUGAUAGCACGGUACAACUGUUACUGAACAAUGGUGCUGACAUCAAUUUAUGUGAUAAUGAUGGAGACAGUCCUCUUUGGAUAGCUUGUCAAAAUGGACAUGAUAGCACGGUACAACUGUUACUGAACAAUGGUGCUGACAUCAAUUUAUGUGAUAAUGAUGGAGACAGUCCUCUUUGGAUAGCUUGUCAAAAUGGACAUGACAGCACGGUACAACUGUUACUAAACAACGGUGCCGACAUCAAUUUAUGUAAAAAGAAUGGAGCCAGUCCUCUUUAUAUAGCUUGUCAAAAUGGACAUAAUAGCACGGUACAGCUGUUACUGAGCAACGGUGCCGACAUCAAUUUAUGUGAGAAGAAUGGGGCCAGUCCUCUUUAUAUAGCUUGUCAAAGUGGACAUGAUAGCACGGUACAACUGUUACUAAACAACGGUGCCGACAUCAAUUUAUGUGAAAAGAAUGGAGCCAGUCCUCUUUAUAUAGCUUGUCAAAAUGGACAUGAUAGCACGGUACAACUGUUACUGAACAACGGUGCUGACAUCAAUAUAUGUAACAAGAAUGGAGCCAGUCCAUUUUAUGUAGCUCGUCAAAAUGGACAUGAUAGCACGGUACAACUACUACUGAACAAUGAUGCCGACAUCAGUUUAUGUGAGAAGAAUGGAGCCAGUCCUCUUUAUAUAGCUUGUCAAAAUGGACAUGAUAGCACGGUACAACUACUACUGAAAAAUGAUGCCGAUAUUAAUUUGUGUAACAAGAAUAAAGACAUUAUUGAUGAUAACUAAAUGGACAUGAGAUCACAGUUAUUGAUUUUCAUUGGCAAUUUAUUAAUAAGUUGAAACUUGUUUGCCACAAUACUCGUCCAAAAAUAUCAUUAUUUUUUUACUUUCUUGUAUUUUAAAUAAGCAAAUGCCAGAUUUUUGAAUGUAAUCAUUGCGUUUCUAAUAGGAAAAUCAAAUGAAACAAUAUUGUUAAAUUUUAUCUUGUGAAAUUAAAAAUGUAUAGAUUAACUUGAUAUACAUUUACAUGAAUUUAGUCUGA